AUGGCAGACAACCCCCCACCUACGCCUGCCGCCGCCGCCCCAGCCGCCGCCGCAGGCAGACCCGCACUUGACGUCACAAUCCAGAGUUUUUCAGAGCUAGUAGAUUCCCUAAAGAACCUGUUUACUAACGUGACCAACCCUGAUGGCAGCAGGGCUCCCAACCACGGCCACGGGCCGUCAUGCCUGCCCUCCCACAACGUUACCGAUCCUACCGCGCCCACGGGGCCAGCGUGCCACAACUGCGACUGCCGUACACCCUCUACCCCCGCCGCGCCAGCCGCAGGGCCAGCCGCAGGGCCAGCCGCAGCACAGCAACCCGCAAGCUGCCCCUGCCCACCAACCAGCGCGCCCUCCAGCGGCAGCAGCAGAGCGGGCUCCAAAUCUCUCCAGCUCCUGGAGUCUUUAUCCCACGUAUUCCAGAUCCUGGGCACGCUGAAGCGCUUCGGGCUGGUCCCACAGCCGCGGCGCCGCUGGACCGGCUCGCUGCACUACGGCCUGCGAUACCUGUGGCCGUCCAUGUGCGCUACCGUUAUCAUGGUCGUGUGCAUACUGACGCUGACACGGCGCGGUGGGGCGGGGGAUGCUGUGGCAGGUAUGGGGGUGGGGGAUUGUGCUGCGGGGGCAGUGGGAGCAGCGGGGCAGACUUGUGGACUGUGGCCGACGAAGGCGGUGGUGACGGCGAGGGUUAUGUAUACCGCUACGGUGAGGGAGACGGCUACGGUGAGGGAGACGGAGACGGAGAAGGAGACUGCGGCUAUGACCAAGUAUUGUGUCAUGCAGACCGCCGGUGGAAGGGGAGGCGCUGGCACGUGUGAGGUGCCGUAG